AUGAGACUGCAUAGUGUUAUCGUCCAUUCUCGGCCUUCUAUUCUACUGAAGAAGACGAUUGCCCAGCCAGCUUUCUUUGCCCUCGGUGGCGUCCGACAUAACUCCAUCACGAAGCAGUGGAAAGGAGCCUCUUCAGAUGACCACACCACCCAAAGGUCUAAGAAAGGAGAUAAUUACGACAUUCAUUCCGACGCAUCCGCUUCUGGCAUGGAAGAAAGACGACAGAAUGAGGGGAUUGCAGACAAGACCAAAUCCCAGGGCAUGACACGGAGAGGUGGGACUGAGAGCGGUAAAAAGGCCAAGUCAGAGCAUCCCGCAGCUCCAGAGCCCGUCCUCGGGAUGAACGAUGAGCGAGCGCAGAAGGGCCACUGA